AUGGGUUUACGCUCAGAGCAGGCCAGCAGCCCCCCCUCCGAAUCUGACUCGCAGUCGGACUCGGACUCCAUCACCGAGACGCUCGAGCAGGUUGGCAGGCUCGCGUUCCCCACGUUUUCCAUCACCCCCCAUUUGCCAACGUUGCCCAAGCUAGCAGCCCUGAAAAGAGACUACAACACCACGUCGCUCGGGCGCAAGCUGGCAGAGCUCAACGUGAAAAAGGACGAGCUUGCGCGAAUAUACGCCCAGCUUAGCGAGUCGCUGACCGACGUGGUAAACUCCAACCUCGACUACCCCGUGGAGGACCUGCAUGACCCCGGGGGAGUCGAGGUUCUGCAGGAGCCUGAGGAGACCGUAUCGCUUGUUAAGGACAGGCUUGCCAGCUACGACCACCUCACGUACCUGACUUUUGAGCAGUUCAACGACCAGACGUUUUUGCGGCGGCGCAUCAAGGAGAUCCUGAGCUUGGACUUGCUGCCGCUGGACCAGCGGUUCUUGAUCCAGAAACUCAUGUCGCGCUCGUAUUUGGAAAAACAACGGUACGAGCGCGCAGAGGCCGACGAGCCCGACAGCGAGGCCGGCGGAGACGAGGUGGUGCUUGGUCCACGUGAUCUCGAGCCCACGUACUACAACGCCGAGGAAAACAUGCUUGGGUGCACGCACUACCAGCGCAACUGCAAGGUGGAGUGUCCAACGUGUCGCAAAUGGUACACCUGUCGCUUCUGCCACGACCAGGAGGUGCAGUCGCACCAGCUGCAACGGAGCCGGAUCAAACACGUUCUGUGCAUGUUCUGCAACACGCCGCAGCUGGCACAUCACUUCUGCGUCGGCUGCAACCGCAAACUGAGCGAGUACUACUGCGACACGUGCAAGUUGUUCGACAACGACCAGCUGAAAAACAUCUACCACUGCGACGACUGCGGGCUCUGUCGUCUCGGGCUCGGAAUCAACCAGGACUAUUUCCACUGCAAAAACUGCAACACUUGCAUUUCGAUCGAGUUGCAAGAGAAUCACAAGUGCAUCGAGAACUCGACACACUGCAACUGCCCGAUCUGCGACGAGUUCAUGUUCAGCUCGACCAAGAAAGUGGUGUUCAUGCUGUGCGGCCACCCGAUCCACCAGGGCUGCUACGACGAGUUCACGAAGCACUCGUACAAGUGUCCCAUCUGCUCGCGCACGAUCGUCAACAUGGAGCGGCAGUUCCGCGUGCUGGACAAGGAGAUCGGCGCGACAAAGAUGCCGGACGGCAUGGCCGCGUGGACGAGCGUGGUCAAGUGCGUCGACUGCGGUGGCAAGUCGCGCGUUCCGUACCACUAUUUGGGGCUCAAGUGCGACCAUUGCCAGAGCUACAACACGAUGCAGCUGCGGCUGCUCAAGUCGGACCAGGACGAGACGGACGACGGCGCCGAGACCGCCGCAGACGAGAAACAGCUGAUCACACACUCACUGAACGACAACUUCCAGUUCGACGACAGACUCGAGUUGCCCGGCGCGCAGCUGACGGGCGGCGCCAACAUCGAGGACUCGGACUCAGAGGACGACUACGUGGACAACUUUGUGCGCGUGAUCAACAACUUCGAAAGCUACUCCACCAUCAGCGACGCGUUCAAAGACUGGAUCAAUGCGUCGAAACGCAAGGUUAAUGCUAUGUAGUGCUAAUUUUUUCUCGAACGUAAACUUGCGAUCGGGAUCGACAAGAUGCGCGACCGUUUCUGGGUAUGGUCGGUGGCGGGCUCUGUUUUGGAGCGCAUCACGCGCGGCACGGCGGGCUCGCUGGCAGCCUCUUGCGCCAGACUCUCCUGCGAGCGCAUCAUGCUGUCCAGCUUCAUUCCGAGUUUGACACGGUUCUCGUUCUGCAGCCGGAAGUUGCUCAGUUUCGACGCGGCGUCGUCCGCGUCGGUCGGCGUCGGCGUCGGCAUGUGCUGGUCCUCGGGCACCACGGGCGAGCUCUGCGCGUGCGGACGCGAGAACAGCCGGUUCUGUAGCUUCAUCGGCGACGACUCCGACGUCUGCGAGUUCGACCGGAAAUUGCGCAUGCUCAUCGAGGAGCGUUUCGAGCCGGGCGACUGCGUGCUGAGCGACGACGUUGCCGACGCGGGCGCCGGGUUCGACAGCUUGCGCGGCGGCGUCGACGACCCGCUCGACCCGCCCAGCGCAGGCACGGCAAUCGGCAUCGGCGGCGCCUUGCGCGCGAGUCCCUGCCCGUGCUCGUGCACGCUCGCCAGGCUAUUCGAGCUCGACGCCCCCUGAGUCACACCAAACACCGGCGACGGGUCUCUCGUGAUUCUGACCGACGACGACGUCGACAUAGAGUUGCUGUCGCCUGCGUACGGCUCGUCUGUGUCGCUGUUAAACGAAGUGUGCGACGAGAGCGAGAAUUUGCGGUGCUGGAUCGACGGCAGCGAGACCUUGGCAUUGAGCGGGCUUGGCACCCCGCUGGACUGGUUCGCCAGCGCGGGCAUGGCCGCCAGCGCGGGCGGGUGCGUCUGCAUGGCCCUGUACCGCGACUGGACCUCGAAAUCGUACGCCAGUUCCUCUGGCUUCCAGCCCGCGUUGUUCACGAGCUGGCCGUCCGCCUUGUACGCGACCAGCAGGUCGAUGCAUUCCAGCGCGCCGUACUGCAGCGCCAGGUGCAGCGGGCUGUUGCCGUCGUCGUCCUGGAUGUUGGGGUACGCGCCGUUCUCCAGCAGCACGCUCAGACAGAGCGGGAAGUUCGCCAGGCAGCACACAUGCGACGCGGUGUAGCCGUGGUGGCCGCGCUGGUCGAUGCACACGCUGAAAUACUCCAGCAGCAGUUCGAGGCUGCGGUGGGCGUUGUUGGAGCAGGCGGUGUGGAUCACGGUAUCGUGUUGGAACGUUAGCUUUAUCUCGUCCUCGCUGGUGAUCUGGGCGUACGAGCGUGGCGGCGGCGCGUGCCGUGCGGCCUUGUACACGCCCGCGGUGGGUCCGCGCGCGCGGUCUGCAAUCCGUCGCAGCAGCAGGUCGCAUAUCUCGAGCCGGUCGUGGUACGCGGCAUAAUGGAGGUUCGACCACCCAUUGGCCGGGUCGAUAUUGUCAAGCAGGUCCGGGUACCGGUUGAGCAGGCGCACAACGAUGGGAAGCUGGCCGUCGACGAUGGCGUUGCGCAGUCG